GAAGACAGUCAUGUGACCGGAAGAGAGCGUAACCAUGUUUCAUAAACACCAUCAGGGAGGAGCGCAGCUGACACCCACCGCAUCAGGCGCUUCGAUCUUCGCCGUUUUUAUACCAGUAAAAUAGAUAGUGCUGGAUCUAUUGCAUUUGAGACAGAGAUGCUGAAAACGAUAGGAAAUGCACUGUUCUCCAAAAUCCAAAACCCAAAGUUCAUACCUGGGGAAAAGCAGGGAGAGGACUAUGAGGUCCGCACUUACCCGGCUGCCAAAUGGGUCAGCACCACCACAACUGGGAUGCACUGGGACCCUGCCAUUAGCACUGGCUUCCGCAGGCUGUUCAAAUACAUCCAGGGCGCCAAUAUAAACAAGGUGGCCGUGGACAUGACGGCCCCGGUGUCCUGCCUGGUGCAUCCCGGCGCGGGCCCGGCCUGUGAGAGCUCCUUCACCGUGUCCUUCUACAUCCCAGAGGAGCUGCAGGACGCCCCCCCCGAGCCCAGCGACCAGACCGUCUUCCUGGAGAGCAGGAAGGAGUUCACGGCCUACGUCAGAACCUACGGCGGGUUCUCCAACGAGCAGGUGAAGCGGGAGAACCUGCUGAAGCUGGUGGAGAGCCUGACCAGGGACGGCGUGUCCUUCCAGGAGCAGCCCUACUACACGGCGGGCUACGACAGCCCCUUCAAACUCACCAACCGCCGCAACGAGGUGUGGAUCCUGAAGAAGGCCGAGGGCUGAGGCGGCGGGAAAAAACUACAAAGAUGGCCGACGAAAACAGGGUCCAAUGCUUUUUUUUUGUUGCUUUUUUUACAUUUACUGGAUAUUGUUAUUUUUGAUUACUUAAAUAAUUGCACUGACGUUGAUUUAUAAUGUCAGGCCACUUCAACGCUAAUUUGAUUACCUCAACAAAAGGGACGAAACGGCAAGGGUAAAUCUCAACGUGUGCAUCUGUACAGCAUUUAAAUUCAGAGAUAUUAGCCUUUGUUGUCCACCAGGUGGCGUCAUUACACAUUCUAUUUUGGAUUGCAUCGUAGAACGUCUGAUGACCUUGGAUACCUCAUAGUGGAGUGGCGGUUAUGAGGGGAAAUUUAGGUAAGGGGAGGUUGAAAUCCACGAAUAGAAACAAGGGAAGAUUAAUGGGAUUUCCUAGUAUGCACUGACUAGGCUGCACCAAAAUAUUUAAGAAAAAACACAUGAUCAAACGAGGCAAUAAGGGAAGAACUUUGAUUAUCUUUUGAACCAAAUGAAAAACUGUGAUCGCUCAAAGUUACAGGUAAUUAUUGUUGGGAAUGGACAUUUAUCUUUGGACUAUAGAUUUUUUUAGUUUAUAGCCUACAUUUAUUGUUACUUAGGUUUAGCAUUCAAGGCCAUGUUGUUUACAAUCAGCUUGCAAGCACUGCAGCCUGGAUCACAUGGUCAUGCAAUCUCUCUCCCCGGUCGUUCAGGAGAAAUAUGAAAAAACAUCUCUUGGAAGGGUUAUCUAAGAUUAUGAGACAUCUUAAAAGAAACUUAAACCCGCUCCACUUAGUGGGGUGGGCCAAAAUAGCUGCUUUCAGCUUAAACCUUAGAUAACAAAUGAGUCAUUCAACACGUACAAUUGGUGUAAUGGCGUGAUGUUGCUUAAUUCUCGAACAGGCCUACCACUUACUAUAUUUAAGUGUUUUAGGGACAUUCAUCUUUUGAAUCGCAGUGGGUACACCAAUAAGCUAUAGCUGACAAUUUACACAUUUGCCAUGCUAAACCAUACUGAAUCCUGUUAGGGUCUACUACCCUUAAACAUGCACCACUGUGCCUUUCUGAAAUGUAAUGAAAUCAUACCUGUUUUAUUUUUCUAUAAUUGAUACAUUGAUGAAUGUCAUUUAUGUGAUAUAAUCUAAGAGGGAACAGCUGCACUUAACUUAGCGCUGCCUCAUAAAGUGUGAUGAAGUGGUGGUAAUAAAUGUAACUCAUUAUGA